AGUCGCCCGGCUCUACGCACGGCCCAAGGUCGUGGGACCGCAUCCGUCGGGAUAUGCCGCCCUCGUUGCCACAGCUGUUGCCUGCGUCCGUCGAUGUCGUCCGCUGGCGCCGCCGCCCUCACCUGCGUCUCUCGACGUCGCCGCCUCACCUGCGUCCGCCGACGCCGCCACUGUCGUCCGCCUGCGUCUCUCGGCGUCGCCGCUGUCAUCCGCCUACAUCUGCCGGCGCCGCCACCGUCAAAUGCAUCUCUCGGCGCCGUCGCCCUCACCUGCGUCCGUCGGCGCCGCCGCUGUCGUCCGCCUGCGUCCGCCGACGCCGCCACCCUCACCUGCGUCCGCAGGCGUCCUCAUCCCCCUGUGGCCGCCUCCGUCGCCGUCGUGCCGCCGCCAUCGCUUGCAUCCUCUGCCGUGGCUCUCGUCCACCGCGGCCGCAGCCGUCGUCGUCGCCGCGUCCGCCGCAACUGUGGCCCUCGUCUACCCCGGCCGUCGCCGUUGCCAUCGCUUGCAUCCUCAACCGUGGCUCUCGUCCAUCGCGGCCGCAGCAGUCGUCGUCGCUGCGUUCGCCGCAGCUGUGACCAUCAUCCGGCCACUGCCAUCACGUUGUCACCAUCACUUGCUUCAGCCUUGGUCGUGGCCCUCACCAGCCACGACCGUGGCCGCGCCGCCGCGGUCGUUGAGCCGUCGUCGUCUCCCGCGUCCGUCGCAUGAUGCCCUCGUUCUACACGGCCACCGGCGUCUCCCGUAGUUCCGUAUCCGUCGCAUGGCCAUCUGCCCAAGCCCAAGUGCCCAUCUCCAACUACCGCACGCUCAGGCCACAGGCAAGACGAACACAGAAACAGAAGGGGUAGGAGGAAGAAAGAGAAUGAGAUAAGGCAAGAUGGCGGGUCCCACAAAGAUAAUAAAAUAAUUGUGUUAUAGUAGUUCUAUUGUAAGCAUGAGCUAUGCUAUAAAUGAUGUGGCUAUUUUUUAAGAGCCGACAGCGGGCUAUAUUAUUGACUUUGCUCCUAGUAGCGGGAACUAACAACCAUAUUUGCAGUGUUCUUCUGUCUGGUGAAGAAAUAAUUGAUGGGAGCCGUUCUUGUAUUCUGGUCCGGAGUUACAGUGAACUCUGAAACAGCCCAUCCGUUCCACUCUAUCACCAAACAAAUUUUCUUCGGUUGGUUGCUUUCUGAUCCAUUCAUGACUCCAUCAGCCUGAGUGCCAUGCUCCUUCUGUUCCAAUUUUAUUGAUCGCUCCAGUACCCUUGUUGUCAAUAAAAUGGCUGUUUGGCUACCAUUGGCUGUUUGGCUCGGCCUCUGUUGCUUGCUUGACAUGCAUGGCAUACAUGAGCCCCAGCCCUCUGUUGCUUGACAUGCAUGGCAUACAUGAAGCCCCAGCCGUGUCAUACUAAUGGACUUCACAUCAGCUGAUGGCCUCCCAUCAACCACCUGCAAAGUGCAAACUACGCACCUUCGCUGCAACCAUCCAUCAAAGGCGUUCUGCAUCUACGGGACGCCAAGCCUCCUGACUCCAUUCAUUUUUGCACGGUCGUUCACGCUUCCUGCUUUUGGAUUGGAAAUGCAGAUGUGACUAUGAGCAGCUGCUCCGUGGCCUACCACGCUGCCGACCUCUACCGAUUCACCACCCCUGCCCUGCCUCUGCCUGCACUCUCCCUAGCUACUCUAAAAAACUAGCAGUAGUAACAAAAGCAACACAGCUGGUAACAGCGGGGAGAUUGUUCCUGUUGUGGAGUACUUGUAGGUAGGCAAAAGAGGAUAAGAGCAGCUAAUAGCGAAUUUGAUGAUUGGGUGCCAUUAGUACAUGUUCUCCGUUUUCAACUAAUAGAGGGCAGUAUGUAAGAUUACCUGCCUCCGCAACUAUUUUCCGUACUGAUCUUAUUAGCACGUACCUAUCGUUGAUGUAACUAGGGCCGAAACGGGUGGAGUGGGCCAGUAUACACUUCGCGAGAUGUCCUGUU